UCUUAACAGCUACAAAAGUCACCACUAUUGAAAUGGCUACCCUUCUAGCUGGUACAAUUUUCCUGACCAUCCUUGUAACUAUCCGAGCAAGUGCUUUACACAAUGAAGAAAGUCCAGAAAUUCGCUAUGAACCCAACUGGGCAUCCCUAGAUUCCCGCCCCCUUCCAUCGUGGUACGAUGAAGCUAAACUGGGAAUCUUCAUCCACUGGGGAGUGUUCUCCGUACCAAGUUAUGGUAAUGAAUGGUUCUGGGAUCUCUGGGAGGGGAAGAAGAUACCUAACUACAUAGACUUCAUGAAGGACAACUACAGACCAGACUGGACAUAUGCAGAUUUUGCUAAAGAUUUUACAGCUGAAUUCUAUGAUGCAAACACAUGGGCGGAGCUAUUUGCAGACUCUGGAGCUAAGUAUAUGGUGUUUGUAGGCAAGCACCAUGAAGGGUUCUGUAACUGGCCAACGAAUGUCUCCUUCAACUGGAACUCACAGAUGGUUGGACCAAAAAGAGACAUUGUUGGUGAGCUGGAGCAGGCCAUCCGCAGCAAGACAGACCUCCACUUCGGCCUGUAUCACUCUCUGUUUGAGUGGUUCCAUCCUCUCUAUCUGAAGGACCAGGCCAACAACUUCACAACUCGGGAGUUUGCAUUGACCAAGACAAUGCCAGAGCUGUAUGAGCUUGUGAACACCUACAAGCCUGACAUUGUGUGGUCUGACGGAGAUGCAGUUGCCUCAGCCUCCUACUGGGGCUCCAGGGAGUUCCUGGCAUGGCUCUACAAUGACAGCCCAGUCAAGGAUGUUGUUGUGACCAAUGACCGGUGGGGCACUGUCUGCAAAUGUAACCAUGGCGGCGUCUACACAUGUGGUGACAGGUACAAUCCUGGUGUUCUGCAGAAGCACAAGUGGGUGAAUGCCAUGACAAUAGACAAGAAGUCCUGGGGGUUCCGACGUGAAGCUCCCCUGUCAGACUACCUGACUAUAGAGGAGCUCAUUGAGACUCUAGCAAAAACUGUCAGCUGUAAUGGCAACAUGCUGAUGAACAUCGGUCCCACUCACUACGGUGUCAUCAGCCCCAUCUAUGAGGAGAGACUGAGGCAGAUGGGGCAGUGGCUCAAGGUGAAUGGUGAGGCCAUCUACAGCUCAAGGCCAUGGACCUACCAGAAUGAAACAAGUCCCCCGGAAUUAUGGUACACAUCAAAGAAGUCCAGUGAAGGUACGGACGUCUACGCCAUCAUCUUCAGCUGGCCUACUCAAGGGGUCAUCACCCUUCAUCGACCAGCACCUGACCCAGCCAACACCGUAGUCACUCUCUUGGGCUACAGUUCUGGAGCAUUUGAAUGGACCAGUGCUGCUCCCACUGGAGGGAUUAGCAUCACUAUUCCAGUCAUACCUGCCAACAAGAUGCCCUGUCAGUGGGGAUGGGUGUUCAAGAUAACCAAUGUCAAAAAUUAAAUAAAUCAGAAUGCUGCAGUAUUCCUAUACAUGUAAGUUUCUUUAAAAUAAAUAAAUAAGACAUGUGUC